AUGUCUGCUUCUCUCAGCUCUAUCACAUCUGGCGAAACUCAGCCCACUCCCAUUGCUUGCUCACCAAACAUUGCGCCUAACGGGAUCAAUGUGACGGGACUUGUAGGUCAAAUUUGCCAAGUCAACGUCCCUCUCAGCGAGGUCAACAUCACAUCCUGCUGUGACAACGGCGCCGAGGUGCGCCUCCAAGACAAUUGCACUCAAUGGUGCGAGGUUAAUGACGGGGGAGACUUCUUUGACUGUAUCAACGACAUGACCGAUCCAUCAUACCCUUUUCUUGGUGGGCCUUGUCAAAUCGUAAGGGAAGACGCGACAGUAACCGUAUCCUCAACGGGUACUGGGGUAACGUCGACGACAUCUACUUCCGAGGGAAUGUCCCAGUCUACCGAAGAAGUGUCGGCUUCCACAACUGGGUCAGGAGGUGGAGCUGAAACUCCCGAAACUCCUGAAGAAGGCACGGCCGCAGGCAACUUGGGAGAGUAUCAGCUUCGUAUAGUGGUCUUAGCUCUAGCUGCAACACUAAGCAUUCUUGCUGUCCUUUAA